AUGAAUGUGUCUGGAACAGGAAAUGAAAUCCAAGUGCUGCCCCAAUCGACGGGCAACAGCGGCUCUUACUGGUUUCUUGGAGUAUGCCUGGCCGUACUUGGCACCUUGGCGGGCACGAUCGGCAAGCAGAUGGUUCGCUACUCAAAGCUGGUGAAGGAGAACCAAAAGCAGCAGGAGGGCAACUGCCUCCUUGUGACAGGCCUUGCACUGCAGGUGGCGCUCAACCCGGCCUGUGACGUAGCUGGCUACGCUCUGGCGCCUGCGUCGGUCAUCGCCCCGGUCACGGGCAUGGACAUCGUAUGGAAUACGCUGAUCGCGCCCUGCUCCCUGGGAGAGACACUGACGCCGCGGCGUCUCAUCAGUGCAGCAAUCAUUUUCUUCACAGCCACCACCUCGGUGUUCUUCCGGCAGAUCAACGAGGUGAACUGGAGUGCAGAGUACGUGCAGCAUGUGCUGCUGCAGUCGCGCACCAUGGUCUAUGGCCUUUGUUUCACUGGCUGGUUCCUCUUCAACACCUUGGUCUUGAUGAAGUACCCCGACGGCUCCGCAGUACGCGGCUUCUCACUUGGGGCUACUGCAGGCACAUUGGCGGGAAACAUGUGGUGCACAAAAAUUGUGGCAGUGCUCCUGGAGCAGUGCUUUGGUGGUAACUGCCUGGCCUGGACAAAACCGGUGUCCUGGAUUGCCACCAUCGCCGCCAUUCUCUUCAGUACCACCAACUUGUACUUCAUCUCGACGGGCUUGCAGAGCUACGAGGCUCUCUUCAUGGUCACAGUCUUCAUGGGGUCGAACAUCGUCACUAACAGCCUCAGUGCCAUAGUUGUCCUGGCAGAGAUGGACGAGGCCCCGUGGUGGAAGCUUGGGGGUUACGUCCUUUGCAUCCUGGGCAUGAUGGCGGGGCUGGUGCUGCUGACCGAAGGUGAGAAGGAGUCGCCUCGCGCCUCACGCUUCACACGCGUGGACGAGGUUGAGCUGUCGGAUGUCAGAGGAAGGAGUGCCUUACUCUUCCCCUUCCGGCAAGCCUUCAAAGCCGUGCUGAUUGUGUUGCAGACCCUGCUGAUCUUGUAUGGUGCCUAUGCAGCAUACGACAUCAGGCUGUAUCCAAUCAAGGACUAUGGCUACAUCAUUCAUGAGUUUGACCCGUGGUUUAACUACCGUGCAGCAGAGUACCUGGCAGAGCAUGGCCUGCAGAAGUUCUUGCAGUGGUACGACUACGAGUCCUGGUACCCGCUGGGUCGACCGAUUGGCACCACGAUCUAUCCUGGCAUGCAGAUGACCGCGGUGUGGACAUGGGAGGCCAUGAAGAAGGUCGGCGAGUUCAAGAUAGAGACUCCAUCUUUGGUCUUGGCGCUGAGGCCUCUGAUCUCUAACCUGAAGAAGUCGGGCUGGAAAUUUCUGCCAUCCAUCAAGGCGUCCUACGAGUUCAGCCCCAUGAGUGUCAACGACAUCUGCUGCAUGAUCCCGCCCUGGUUCGGCAGCUAUGCGUCCAUCUUUACAGGCCUGCUGGCAUACGAGAUCUCUAGGAGCGUCAAUGCCGGCGUUUGUGCCACGUUGAUCAUGGCAGUGAUCCCCGCACACCUCAUGAGGUCUGUGGGCGGGGAGUUUGACAACGAAGCAGUGGCGGUGACAGCUAUUUGCUCCACCUUCUGGCUGUGGCUGUUGAGUGUUCGGACACCAAAGCACUGGCCUGUGGGGCUGUUUGCUGGCUUGUCCUACAUCUACAUGGUGGCUGCUUGGGGAGGCUACAUCUUCGUAAUCAACAUGGUUGGCAUCCACGCAGCGAUGUUGGUUGCCCUUGGACGCUUCAACUCCGGUGUCCACAAGGCAUACAGCAUCUUUUAUGUUGUGGGCAUCCUUGGGGCGAUGCAGAUUCCGGUGGUGGGGCUCCAGCCGCUUCGCUCCGUGGAGCAGCUUGGGCCACUCAUGGUCUUCAUGGGCUACCAGGUGCUUGCUUUCUGCGACUUCCAAAGGAGAAGGCAGAACAUGCAGGCCGUGGAGUUUGCCAUAUACCGGACAAAGGUGGUGGCCUUGCUGAUCGUGGCCACUCUGAUAGUCUGCGCAGCACUGUACCCGACCGGGUACUUUGGCCCCAUUUCCUCGAGAAUACGAGGGCUGUUUGUGAAGCAUACAAAGACGGGCAACCCGCUGGUGGACUCUGUUGCAGAACAUCAGCCGGCCAACCCCUCCAUGUAUGCCAGCUAUCUCAACCUUCCCUUGGACUAUGCUUUGCUUGGUGGCUUCGUCUGCCUCGGCCGCCGCAACAACGGCUUCUUGUUCCUGUGCCUGUACGGUUUCAUUGCGCAGCACUUCUCAGGCAAGAUGUCUCGAUUGGUCCUCAUUUGCGGGCCCAUCGUCUCCGUAGCUUGCGGGAUCUGGUGUGGUUUCAUUCUCGAUCAGUUGAUUGAGCCCUUCCUUCUCCUCUUGGGCAAGAAAGGAUACACUCCGCCUACACCUGCCCCGAGCGAGGCAGGUGGCAAAAAGCCGCCCGACAGCGGCAAGAGCGAGGGGCCAAAAGGAAAAGCUGCUGCAAAGGACAGCGGCAAGGCAAAGAAGGCUCCGAAGAAGUCGAAUUCGGCUCCGGUGGAGAUCGAUUGGACCCUCGAGGAGUGGGAGGAGGAUCGCCGCCCGGGCGGCGCAAAUCAGCUGCUUCGUGUCAUGGAAAGCCAGGUGAAGAAGUCCGUGUCAGAGCUGGACACCUACAGGGAAGUCCGCGCCACGAUGGACAACAACGUCGGGGUCGUGGCAGGGCGGGCGGUGAUGUCCGUGGUCCUGGUGUUCUACGCUCUGUACCUGAGCUCCUUGUCCGUGAAGAUCCCCACCUUCAUCCGGCACUGCGAUCAGGUUGCCAGGUCACUGUCCAAUCCGCAGGUUGUUUUCAUGUCGCGUGACAGGCAGGGGAACAGCUUCAUAGUUGAUGACUACUUGAAAGGUUACCAGUGGAUUGAUCAAAACACGCCGAAAGAUGCGCGAGUGAUGGCGUGGUGGGAUUAUGGUUACCAGAUCACGGGCAUUGCAAAGAGGACCUCGAUCGCCGACGGCAACACUUGGAACCACGAGCACAUUGCUACCCUGGGCCGAACACUGACCAGCAGUGAGAAGAAGGCCCACAAUGCAAUCCGUCAUCUGGCCGACUACGUCCUGGUUUGGGCGGGCGGCGGCGGCGAUGAUCUCGCCAAGUCGCCGCAUCUCGCUAGGAUAGGGAAUUCCGUCUUUCCAGACCACUGUGGAGACGACGAUCCAAAAUGCAACAAGUUCAGCUUCUAUGCCGACCACUCACCCACUCCGAUGAUGGCAAGGUCUCUUCUGUACAAACUUUGCCAGCACAACGUGAGUCCCGGCGUCAAGGUGAACGAAAGGCUGUUCAAGGAGGUUCACACCACGAAGCACGGCCUCAUGCGGGUGUACCAAGUCAUGAAUGUCUCGCAAGAAAGCAAGGAUUGGGUCGCGGACCCAAAGAAUCGCAUUUGCGAUGCGCCAGGCAGCUGGUACUGCGUUGGUCAGUACCCACCUGCUUUGGAGAAGCUGAUUUCCAAGCGCAAGAACUUCGCACAGAUUGAAGACUUCAACCGGCAAGGAGGGAAGAGUGCAUACACCAAGUUGAUCGAGAAGGAGCUUCAUGGAGCGUCCAGCAACGAGGAUUUGUAG